AUGCCAUCAGCUACCAAGACCAUUCUCGCUCUCAUUCUCCUCAGCGCAGCCUCAGCACUACCGACACCCCAACUCGCCGGCGAGGGCGCGGCUGCGGACAGUCUCUUCUCUUCUACCGAUAACGGUAUCGGCUAUGGCAUUGAGAAUGCUGAGGAUAAUCUUGCUGCCCUGAUCGCUUCCAAUAAGGGUGCUGCUCCUGCCGCUCCUGUUCGCAGACAAGGCGACAAAAUCGCCCACGGCCUCCAGACUUUGUCCAACGCUGCAGGCACUGGUGCUUCGACUACUUCUGCCACGGACGCUCUCGUCAAUCUUGAUGGUACGCUCACCUCUGGUGCUGCGAAUGCUGGCGCCGAUACUGGUGCUACGGAAGAAGCCACCUUGGAGGAACUCGGCAGCGCUGUCCCGCGUCUCUGA